AUGAGAAAAGAAAAAAAAAAACCUCUCAUUUACCUAAAGGAAUCUCUAGAGCUGCUGGGAACACAGAAGACGGAGAGAACAGCCCCACCGCCGCCAUCACCUGAAAACCCGGCCCAACCCAUCCUGCCGGCCGCGGGUCGUGCAGGCCGCCGGGAGACUUCUCGCCACCUUAUCUCACAGGGAGAGACCGAAACUACAAUUCCCAUCACGCCCCACGGCCGGCUCCCUCCUCCUCCUCUCCUCCCCCUCUGCCCGCAGCCGGGCAGUGCUGGGCUUUUAUCUGCGGAUCCGGCGGGAGGGAGCCGGAGCCCUCAGAUCUUCCCCGACGCGAACUCUCUGCCGAGGGACCGCGGCGGCUCAGAGCCGGAUUCUGCCUCUGCGUCCGCGUCAGCCCAGAGCCCCCUGGGGCGGAGGGUCGGUCCCCGGCGCGAGGAGAGGAUGAUCAUCCGCGUGUUCAUCGCCUCUUCCUCCGGCUCCGUGGCGAUAAAGAAGAAACAGCAGGAUGUGGUUAGAUUUCUGGAAGCCAACAAGAUAGAAUUUGAAGAGGUGGAUAUCACAAUGUCAGAAGAACAGAGGCAAUGGAUGUACAAAAACAUCCCACCGGAAAAGAAGCCUACUCAGGGCAACCCUCUCCCACCUCAGAUAUUUAAUGGCGACCGAUACUGUGGAGAUUAUGACAGUUUUUUUGAAUCAAAGGAAAGCAACACAGUCUAUUCAUUCUUAGGCUUAAAACCACGGUUAGCAUCAAAGGCAGAACCUUAGAGAGGAAAAGUAGAAGAUGAUGAAGAUGCAUUUUGAAGCGCCCUCUGGUACUCAGCACACACCUGCUUACUUAAUGCAUCUCUGUGAUAAAAGCCACAUGCAUCAUCAGCAACUUUUCUUGCCGUGGAAAAGAUGUUUUUGGAAGAUGUGGGUAUAAUGUGGAUUGCACUAUUGCUUUAAGCCGAAUCAAGCAUGUGGUGGGUUUUUUCUUAUUUUCAGAUUUUCCUGCACUUGCCUCACUCAUCUGGAGGUACUGUAGCCUGUUAGAGUUGUCCUUCCUUAAUGACUAAAAAGAUAAGUGGAUGACAUCAUUGGAGAGAAAAUGCUGGAUCUGUCCUGAAUUGUAGUAGAUGCCAGUAUUGAUAAAAUUCACUUCUCUUUAAGCUACCUGGAUUGCACCCUAGGAAUUGAUUUGCCAGGCUGUUAAAGUCUUUUGAUCAGGAAGAAAAAAAGCAAUGCUGGUUGACAAAGGCAUUGAAGAUUUUUGCUGGAGAAUCAUAAAUGCCACAGUUCCGGUGCUUUGUAAUAACACCUGUAGAAAAAGUUAGAUGUCCUUGCCCUCUUUUUUGUUAGGAAACUCUUACCCCCAUAAAUCCUCCAAGUUCCUGCAGAUGUUUCCAAAAAUCACUGUAGCAACAGCAUGUGAACAGAACCAAGUUAUAGGGAUGAAAAUAAUUGCUAUUCUGGAAAAAAUAUGCCUCUUCAUCUCUUGAGGGGAAAGUUUCACCUAAAUGUACAAUAUUAUUUGAAAGAUGUAUUUUAAGAGGUGUACUAAUUAAAUAGUAAAUUUAUAGGAAAAUUUAUAGGUAAAUUCUAACAUCUGAAGGCAUUUUCAGCUCUAUAAUUUAUUUAUACAUAAAUGCACAUAUAUUUUUAAAUGCAGCUCCCCUAACAGCUGCUUAUUCUAUUUUGUGAAGGGAUUGUAUUUUUUUGAGAAAGGAAGAUCUUGGUUGGAUAUAUUUUGUGAACCCUUGAUAAGGCAUAUGAAAAGAUGCCGAUACUGCUGUACAAUUUGAACUUUUUCCUGUGUUACUUUUCAUCGUUCCUCUAACUUUGCUUCUCCAUAUUUCUGACCAGUGCACAGUGUCAUCUUUUUUCAGAUUAAUUAUGUAGACAUGUGCCUUCAUUCCAGAUAUGAGCACCUGAAUGAGCUUUCAGAGCAGCAUAUACUGGAAAGGGGCAGCAGGCUGUCUAGAAAGUAACUGAACUGCAUUUGGCAUGCAAAAUCUACUCCAUUUGGGAUGGAUGCUGAUAAACAUUGAACGUGUCUACUUCAUUAGGGCAGAGUCCCUGUUUCUGCAUCCUUGUCCCCACAACAGGGACACUUGCAGCUUUUAGAAUACUUAAUUGUCAAAUGAGGGAACAGCUUUGAAUAAGAUAAUUGCUCAGACAGCUGCCUAAAAUAUUCUGCUAUUCCCGGUACACGGAUGCUGAACCUGCCAUUAGGAUUCUGAGCAGGAAGUUUAUAAGAAAUUGAAAGAGCAGAAGAAUUAAAGCCCUGUCACCCUCCUGCCUUGCUAAAUGUGGACUAUUCUAAUGAACUUGUUGAGUGCUGAAGCUGAAAUCCCAGCCUAAGAUUUGCAGCCUGAGACUACAACCAGAAGAAAACCACAGCAUGGAUUUCUACUCAAUUGGAACAGACACAUGUUUGAUGAUCCAUGAUUUUCUCUCCAAGGAAAGCUGUUGUCAGAUUAUGGAUAUUACUGGUUAGUAGGCAUUAAAUAAGAUCCAGGUUAAAUUCCAUUUGGUAAAUUCCAGGGACUAUCCAGGAAUUGUUUUGUUUUUGAACUGGAUAUUAUAUUUGAUUGUGAGUUUGCUAAGAUUUUUAUUUUCAGACACAGCAAUUUUUAUUUCAGUAUUAAAAUUUAGUCUACUCUUGCCAUUCACCAUCAACAACAACUUGGUAGAGUUGACCCUUUGCAAGUUAGAUUCCGGGGCUGUGGGAUCAGUACCACACUUUUCAGAUUAAAAAAAGCUAGAUGGAUAGUAGUGCUGAAUUACUACCCCAGGAUACAUACCAUCCACUCUCCACCUUUUUUUUUUUUUAAAUCAGCAAAGCAAUUUGUUGGUACUAUACUUCUUGUUUGCGAGCAAGAAGUAUAGUGUGUGACAUUUUUCUCAGUGCCUCAACUCUCCAGAGUACCAAGGAAUUGCCCGCAGGGUCACACUGUGUUCAUAAAAUGUUGUGUUUUGUACUGUUUUACCACCCAAAUUUCAAACAGUAAUGCUGAUUUUCUUGUUCCCUACUUUAACUAGCUGUCUUUAAAUUUUGGUAAUCACAGUUGUAAAGCCUAGGAAAGGUGUGGAUGGAAAUUGCAGCUAUAGGUAUACUAUCAAGAGCAUUUAAGACAAUUUUAAUUUUAUUUUCUGUAGUUUAUCGAGGCAAAGGAAAUGUGCUGCUAAAAAUCAAAUUAUGCCACUUUAAAAUUAUAUAGAGUACUAAGUGCCACCCUGCUAGGUAUCUAGAAGACCAGAAGGAAAUUUAGUUGGGAAAUACUUUUUUUUUUCCCCAAAAAAUCUGGCCUUCUGUGAAAAUAAAAAAAUAAAAAUAAAAUAAAUUAAAAAAAAAGAGAAAAGGAAGAUGUCCCCUCCAAUCCCAGACUCUAAUAUAGUUCAGAUUUGUUUCUGUUUUAAAGAUAUAAUUCAACACUCCCACAUAAAUGUUUGUCUUAUAAUGAACUAAAUUUAUUUUUGUCUUAUAUUCUUGAAAGGUACCAAAGCUCCUUUCUCUUUUUUUUUGUUUGAUUUUGUCAUGAGGUUUUGUUUUUUCUAGAAAUGCUUUUCAUUUAGCAGCUUUUCUUAAGUAUCAGGGUCUACUUUGACCUAUGUAACCAUUGUUUUUAGAUUUCAAUUUGUAUGCAUUUGUCUCUAAAGACAUUGGUGAAAUCACUGAUUUUAUAUUUAGCAUUAAAGGGGAAUAAAUUAUAGAAAAUGUGUAUACUGAAAAUGGAGUGUUUGUUCCCUUCCAUAUCUCAUACCUUUUAAUUUUAGUUCUGGUUUGGUUGAAACCUUUCUUCUCAGUUGGGAUGUUGUGUUUCCACUCCCCAAGCGUCAGUAUCCCCGUGUAUGGUUCACUUGUAAAAAUGCAAACAGAUUAUUUGACCAUUCAAGGACCCACACAUUUAGUCCUGCAAGUGUGCAUUGGGAGGAGACCACUGAAUCAUCUCGGGCAGUAUCCAGGACUGAGGACGGAUUUAAACCACUCAGCUGCUUGGCUCAGAUGGAUGACGCUGUGGUUUCCUGAGUACACUGAAGCCAGGGGCUGAUGGGUAUGUUCUCCUAAUUGGGCACAGAAAACAAGUGCAAUGUAACAGCAACCCCUGUUAGUGAACGCCCCCUUUGAAGCAGCUACCCUUGAAAGCAGAAGGAAACAUUUCUAUAGGCAAUGUCUGAGGUUUAUCUCAUUGUUCAAAUAUUUCAAAGCUUAAACAACCAGGACAGGGCAGGUGGAGAAGGGGAUAAAAGGGAACAGGCUGUCAGUGUGCAGAAAUGUGCUAAACCACAAAACCAAAUAAGCAAAGUAAUAGUGCCACUUGUGACCGAGAUUUUCAGUUUUCCUAGUUCUUCUAGAAAUGCACGUCAGGUAAGGUUGGUCAUUCAGCAUGUUUUGAGCCCCUAGAAUGUGACAGGGGCAAUAACAAGACAAUAGUCUCCACUCUCAAGGAUGAGGGAUACUGAGAAGCAAAAACAGCAGUUACCACUGAAUAGUUAAUGAUGUAGUUAAGGGCAGUAGUGCAUCAUCUGAAACAUAAGGCAUGAUAUUUUCCUUUGUUAAAACCAUUCCAAUUUUUCAUUAUUUCAUACAUGCAAUGGAAUAUAUGUGCAUAUAUAUAUAUAUAAACACAUAUAUAUAUAAAGUAUAGAUAAAGUUUAAAGAACAAUAAUCAAACAAGCCCCUGUGUACUUGCCAUUCACCUUUUUGCCUUUCCUUUGAGGCAUCAUGUGCUUUUCCUGAUCCCAUAGCACUUCUGUCUGAUAUGGGCACCUCUGUCUUGAACUUUGUGCUGUUCAUCCCCUUGCCGUCCUUUACCAUUUUACUUCUAUGUAUAUGUAUCCUUAAAGAAUAAUAAAUGGAAUUAAACUGUA